CCCCCUCAGAGGCCAGGAAGCACAGAGGGUAUAAAAGAUCUGAGAGCAGCUCCACUCAGGCUUCAGACCUGCAUCACCUGCGCCAAUCUCACACUGCAUUUCAGUCCUAUUGCAAUGCUGUCCCGGACGCUGGUUGCUCCGUUGAUCUUUGCAUUAGUGGGUGUCUCUAUUUCUGCACCAAUAAACGAUGGAAAAGAUAAUGAUGAGGCAGCUGCAGCCCUAGGGAUACUCAAUGAUCCAACUUCUCUCCCUGGAAAUGGAAUCUCAGGAACUACAGAAGAUUCAGCAGAGAAAAAAGGAGGUCCCAGUGACUCAUCUGACACCACUGAAAAACCAGAGGUUGAUAGUGCUCCUGACACAUCAGACACAAACAGUGACAAAAGCCUGGAUGAAGCCACCAGCGGUCCAGAUUCGAUAGACACAACAGAUACUGAUAGUGACACAGAAAAAGACACAGACACAGAUAAUAAAACAGAAACAGAUGCAUCGCAGCAGAAGACAGGCGAUUCAGAUGAGAGCAAAGAGAAACCAUCAGCGGAGGACAGCAAAGAUGCAGAUGAUGUUGAUACACAUUCAAAAGAAGAAAAAUCUACAGACACGGAUAAAAAGGCAGACACUGAUUCAGAUGGCUCAGACGGGGAUUCUGCUAGUGUGGAAAAGAAAGAUUCUGAUGAUGCACCUGAUGAUGCAAAUAAAACCUCUACAGAAGACACAGAUGAUUCAUCUGACAAGGAUUCUUCAGACACAGAUGAGCAGCAGGACUCUGAUGAUUCUGCAGAUUCUGACAAAGACAAAACAGAUGGAAACUUAGAUGAAAAGAGUGGCGAGAAAAAGGAGAAAGACACCAGUAAUGACUCCAGUAAAGACUCAGAAGACGAGGGUCGAGAAAGCUCUGAGACGCCAGACAAAAGCGACACAGACAGCGACUCAGACACUGAUGAGCUGAAAGUUUCAGACGACUCCAAAGACCAGGAUUCAGAAUCAAAAGACACCGACAGCAAGGAGAAGAAAGAGAAAGACCAGGACUCUGACAGCGACGCAGACACCAGCAGCGAUCAAGACAAAGCAGAUUCCCCUGAUGCAGCAGACGCCAAGGACAGCGCCGAGGAUAAAGACAAGGACAGCAGCGACCCGAAAGACACCGAAGAUGAUAGAGACAGUGAGAAGGAUGCCAAAAAGAAGGAGGACACCAAUGAGACGGGCAGCGAUAGCGAUGAGGGAAAAGAUAAGGAGGACGAAUCCAAACCAGACGAACAGGACAAGGAAGACACCACCUCAAAAGAAGACGCCACAGACAGUCAGUCUGAUGAAAGUCCACUGGAGGAAAUGAAAGAAGACAAGCAGGAAGACAAACCUGAGUCUGACAGCUCCAGUCUGGACUCAAAUUCAGACUCGGACACUGACAGUAAAGAUAAAGAGCAGGACAAAGAGAAGAAGAGAACAGAGUCCACAGACACAGAAAGCUCUGAUAGCGACACAGACAGCUCAGAAACAGGAGGGGAAGAUACUGAUGAAGACAAUGACUCCAGCAUGGAAAAGGAGAAACAAGAGUCUCCUGAUGGUGCAUCAAUAGAGACAAAUGAAUCUGACUCCAGCGAUGACCAUGACAAUCACUCGACAGAUGUUACAACAUCAAACGAGGAACACACUGAUGCAGACAGCCAUGAUGCUGCAGACGAUGAUGACGACACUGACGCCCAUGAUGAUGAAGUCAGGGUUGGAGAUGGCAUAGACACUGCUUCUAAAAAACACGAUGAACCAGAUCAUCUUGAUGACACAACACAAGGAUCAGAUGAUGGCAGCAAAACCCCUAUGCCAAGCUCCUAGCGACCAGGACUCUACAAAAACACUGUAACAGAUUUUUCCUGGAGAGACGUAAAAAGAACCACCCGAGACAGUCAAGAUAACCAGAGUUUCACAUCCCAUUAAAACACAUGACAUGUCCCUCUCGUCCUUUCUUUCUUUCUUUCUCUCUCUCUCUCUCUCUCUCUCUCUCUCUCAUAUGGUGAAGGUUCCUUUCUAAGGGUUCUGGGAUGCAGAUUAAAUUAUUUGGCUGUUUGCUGUACAUUCCAUUUGUUAACUUUGUCCUAAUUCUAGAACUUUUGUAUCGUUUGAUAUAUUAAUUUUACCAAGAUGGAAAUGCAUGAUGAACAGUGAGCUUCUGGAAUUGCGUAUCUCAUGCAUUUGUCUGUUUGCGUAGGGCCUAAAUAUAUUUUGUUUUGAGUGACACAUUAAACAUAGAGAGUAGAACUAACAGAAGGAAUUUUGAGAAAGCUACACGAUUCGGGUCUGGUGAAAAUGUUGAUCUGUCAAACCUGCGAUGGUUCCAUUGGUUUGUCCACAUGGUGUCCCCAUCCUUGACACUGACACUGAAAGACUGCAGCUGCUGCAACGAGAACCUUCCCUCUUGCUCUCAGAUAAACGCCGGCCUGAAAUGUCACAGAAUGAGAUAUUUUCUGCCCACCCAAUGAUUUGAGAAUGUACAGACAAUUUCUGAUAUAAUCUCUGAUGUCUAUGUCUCUGUGGAGGAAUACUAAUAAACUAGCAAUGUAAGAGCACAGAUUGCUCUGAAAACUGUCAAAAAAAAAUUUUGUAUAGAUUUACAAGAAGUCAUUUUAAUAUGUACACAGGGAGCAAAUCUAAUAAAGACUGGGUUGUCAGAAAA